AUGCCGCACUCAGAUGGCUACAUAGCUGCUACCUUAGAAAUCUCCACCUUCUCGACCAUAUUCCUAUUCCUCCUCUUCCUUCCACAGAGCGCUGCAAAAACCACCGCCUGCGGUAGUUCAACAUGCACCGCUGGCGGCCUACUGGUUCGUUUCCCUUUCCAACUAAGAAACAACCAAGUCCCAAGUAAUUGUGGGUAUCCAGGGUUUGAUCUCUCGUGUAACAACCGAAGCCAAACCAUUCUCACUCUCCCAUCCUCUGGAGACUUCAUCGUCCAAAGCAUCAACUACAUUGAGCAAAGAGUAUCGAUCAACUACCCGGGCAACUUCCUGGCUAAAGGAUUUUUCAACCAUGACAUCAGCCUUGUAAAUUCACCAUUUUCAUACUUGAACCCUACAAACUACACGUUCCUUAACUGCUCCUCUUAUAAAGGGGAUACAACACCCAUCGUUUGCCUUGGCAGUGACAACUACAAGGUCAUUGCUGUGCCAACGCGUUGGUUUUCGCCACCAUUUGAUGAACCGUUGCCUAUAAAUUGCUCUGUGAUUUUGACAACUUUGGUUCCAAGUACAUUCGAGUGGGAUUAUCCGAACCGUGGUGCCGAGUUGACAUGGGACAUGCCUGAAUGUCGUUCCUGUGAAUUAGGAGGCCAGGUUUGUGGUUUGAAGAAUCACAAAAGUUCGAAAAUUCAAUGCUCUGGUUCACAUUUCGGUAUGCUCUUUGAUUAUUAG